AUGAAAGGACGGGGCAAAGGUCGAGGCCGAGCAAAGACCGAGCCAACGGCACUGGUUGAAGGUGAAACCGGAGGAACGCGUGGAAACCUCGUGGGAAAGCGCACUUCCUGUCCAUGGAUCAACAGCCAGAUCAUUCAAGCUUCAAAGGAGGAUAAUGCCAUCCAGCGAAUUCUGGGAGUUGUGGAGAUGUGCAUCAAAGAUAUGAAUCUCGUGAAUCUCAGUACAUCACUGCACCGCUUGGCAAAACUCUCUGUGAUGACGCCUCACAGUGACCGCAUGCUGCGACAGUCGCCGGUCAUGAAACUGCUCCUGACAAGCAUUGCGACAGCCUUCUGCGCGGUGGAAGAGGACCCAUCUCUGCCGCAGUCCCUGAGCAACAUCACCUGGUCCUUGGCGACCCUGCGGAUCGUGGACUACAAGGUGUUAGAAAUGGCUGGAACCUUGGCGAUUGCAAAUAUGAAGGACUUCAAAGCUUUCGAACUGGCCUCUUUACUCUGGUCCUUCGCAAAACUGGGCUGUGCCGACACCAUGACACCUGUCGUGAGUCCUCUUUUUCGUGCCGCCACGGGUCGCUUGAUGGCCUGUAUGAAUGGCGCCGGCUUCCGAAGCCUUGCCACUGCAGCCUGGGCCUUUGCCACAGCGCGACAGGCAAGUCAACGGCUCUUCCGUGCCAUUGCCAAGGAGGUGCAAACCUGUUUGCCAAGCGCAAACAGCCAGGAGCCAUGGGGAAGUCAUCCCGCUUGA